AUGGAUGCCACUCAAGAAGGAAGAAACCAAUAUGAAAGAGCUUUUGGUGUUUCAUCUAAAGACCCUUUUGGAGCAAUGUACAGAUCAGAUGAAGAAAUGUUAAAAUUCAUGGCUGGCCAGAACUCAGUAUGGAGUAUAUGUGGCAGAGAUGUUCUUGCUGCAUUUGACCUUUCCCCUUUCACGCAGAUCUAUGACCUGGGAGGAGGUGGAGGAGCUUUGGCCCAAGAGUGUGUUUCUUUAUAUCCAAAUUCUACCGUCACAAUUUAUGACCUGCCCAAAGUUGUGCAGGUGGCCAAAGAACAGUUUGUUUCCCCUGAGGAGCGUCAGAUCACUUUCCACGAAGGAGACUUCUUUAAUGAUUCAAUACCUGAAGCUGAACUCUAUAUUUUAUCCAAGAUACUGCAUGAUUGGGAUGAUGACAAAUGCAAACAACUGCUGGCAAAAGUCUACAAAGCUUGCAAACCUGGUGGUGGAGUACUGCUGGUUGAAUCCCUUCUGAAUGAAGAUAAAAGUGGGCCUGUAGAAACCCAGCUAUAUUCAAUGAAUAUGUUGGUCCAGACAGAAGGGAAAGAGCGAACAGCAGCAGAGUACAGCAAGCUCCUGGAGGCAGCUGGCUUUGGAGUGAUUCAAGUAAAGAGGACUGGAAAACUCUAUGAUGCUAUGUUAGGAAGGAAACAGUAGUACGUGUUUUAUGUAUGUAACAAAACAGAAAAGGUUGAGAAAUGUGCUAUUUUCUUCUUAGUGGGCAAUGAUCAGCUUAGCUUUUAGUUAAGGCUGCCAACUUUUUUGUA